UCGCUCUGUGUUUUAGCUGUUUGUUUGCAUUUUCGAUUUCGGUAACGGAAGUGAACGGUAAAAACUAUUUAAUCCAAAAAUAGAAAGCUUAAGUUUAUUUCUAUAGUAGUAAGUGCAAGUAAAAACUAUGGCUCCCGUUGAUGUGGAUACAGCUCCUGUGGAACCUCAAAUAAGGAACUUAAACUUAUCAGGCCAUGUUGGCUUUGACUCUUUACCAGAUCAGUUAGUCUCAAAGAGUGUCCAGAAUGGUUUUAUCUUUAACAUAAUGUGUAUUGGUGAAACUGGUUUAGGUAAAUCAACGUUGAUGGAUUCCCUUUUUAACACAAACUUUGAAUCAUCACCAAGUCCACAUUCCUUACCUACAGUAAAACUAAAAGCACAUACCUAUGAGCUACAAGAAAGUAAUGUAAGGUUGAAGUUAACAAUAGUGGACACAGUUGGUUAUGGAGAUCAAAUAAACAAGGAAAACAGUUUCAAAGCCAUUGUAGACUACAUAGAUGCACAGUUUGAAAAUUACCUACAGGAGGAAUUAAAAAUUAAGAGGUCUCUUUCCACAUUCCAUGACACAAGAAUUCACGCUUGUUUAUAUUUUAUAUGCCCAACAGGACAUGGACUAAAGUCAAUAGAUUUGGUAUGCAUGAAACAGCUAGAUCAGAAGGUUAACGUCAUUCCCAUAAUAGCCAAAGCUGACACGAUAUCGAAAACAGAACUACAAAAAUUCAAAUCUAAAAUCAUCGCUGAAUUACAAAACAAUGGAGUUUCAAUCUAUGAAUUUCCAGUAGAUGACGAAUCCGUUUCUGAUAUCAAUUCCACCAUGAACUCUCAUGUACCUUUUGCAGUUAUCGGCAGCACCGACUUUAUUAAAGUAGGAAAUAAGAUGGUCAGAGCGAGGCAAUAUCCAUGGGGCACUGUUCAAGUCGAGAAUGAAUCUCACUGCGAUUUUGUGAAACUUCGCGAAAUGCUGAUUCGCACAAACAUGGAAGAUAUGCGUGAAAAAACCCAUUGCAGACAUUACGAAUUAUACAGGAAGAAACGUCUUGAGCAAAUGGGACUAAGUGAUGUAGAUGAAGACAACAAGCCAGUUAGUUUUCAGCAGACAUUCGAAGCCAAAAGAUCCACCCAUCUGCAGGAACUGCAACAGAAGGAAGACGAAAUGAGGCAGAUGUUUGUAGUGAGAGUCAAAGAAAAGGAGUCUGAAUUAAAAGAAGCCGAGAAAGAGUUACAUGCCAAAUUUGAUAAACUAAAGAAAGACCAUACUGAGGAAAAGAAGAAAAUAGAAGAUUCCCGCAAAAAGCUUGAAGACGAAAUUGUAGAAUUCAACAGGCGAAAAUCGCAGUACCAACAGAUGGGUCAGAGCCAUCACACUCUCACCCUUGGAAAAAGGCUACAUAAUAAAUUUUUAUGAAGAGGCCAUUUAUAUGGAAUAAAUAGAACAAUUACAAUUGUAGCUCCGUGUACGUCCAUAAAAAUACAGAUUAAUUUAUGAAUAUUAAUGUAUUAAUGUUAUUCUCUCUGUUUAAAAUGUAAGUACCAAAGUUAAGAAAUUAAAUAUCUGCUUUUAAAUUAUUAAUCGUAAGUUUAAUAUAUCUUUAUUACGUCGAUGAUUUUAACGUAUUUAAGUAUUUCGUUUAAUGUUAAUAUUAUCUUUUCGAUCCAAAUAUAUCUAUAUAAAUAUAUUGUA